CAAAACCUGCAUUUCGAUCCGAGGAAUCCAUACACAUGUUCUCCGCUGUACGCCGAGGCAAUGCUCCAAAAGGGACAUCUUGUCAUGCGAAUGUUAAGUCGACGUUUGGGCAAAGAACAAUUCAUGCAGGUUAUCCAGAAAAUAUUGAGCGUUGUGAUGCAAGCAAGCCAUAUGAACAAGGAUCCGAUACAUUGGCAACAUAUGAUGGUCUCUACGGAAUCAUUCUUCCGCACAGUGUUGAAUGUCACCGGUCAAGAAUUGCCUACAUUUCUGGAACAAUGGAUAUACGGCGGUGGUCAUGCAAAAUUUUUUAUACACUACUUCUUCAAUCGGAAACGGAAUGUGGUUGAACUUGAAGUAAGCCAGGAUCCGUCACUGAAAGGACAACAGAGUUAUGUUGGUCCGGGACGGAGGCAAAAGAAGAAGAAAUUACCAUUAUCAACAGGCGAAGAGAUAGAAGUCGAUCUGUCGAAUAUAGAUCCCGAUUCGCCAGUCCUCUGGAUCAGGUUUGAUCCGGAGCUGUUACUAUUACGAAAAACCACUAUUCGACAGCCACUUUAUCAAUGGGAAUAUAUGCUGAGAUACGAGCGGGAUGUGUUGGCGCAGCUUGAUGCACUGGAUAUUCUGAAACGUUUUCCGAGUCCUCAUAUAAGAACGAUUUUGAUAGAUUCGGUCGAAAAUGAAGCAUUCUAUUACCGGGUACGCUGUCGAGCUUCAUUUAUUCUGGCUGAAGUUAUUAAUAAAUUACCGGAAACAUGGAUUGGCUUACCGCCGUUGAUAGUUACUUUCAAGCGAUAUUAUGGUUCCAAAUCAGCGCCGCAUAUUCCGAAGCCGAAUAAUUUCGUGGCCACUUCUACAAAUCUUCAGUCGUACUUCAUGAUGCAUACAUUGCCCCAGGCGUUGGCACGACUACGUACCCUACACAACAAAGUGCUCCCGGAAGCACAUCAGUUCUUGAUGGGAUUAUGCAAAUAUAACGAUAAUUCGAUCAACAGGUAUUCAGAUGAUCAUUAUCGAGCUUCACUGAUAAGUGCAUUAGCGGGGACACUGAUACCGAUGGAAAGCAGAGAUAUUUCGAAUAUGAGUCCUCUUUCGUUGAGCAGUGAUCUAAAAGAAUUGCUAUCAGAGUUUACGUUAGCUUUAAAUAUGGACACGCUGAAGCCUAGUUUUGGACGUGUUGUCGGAAUUAGUGCUCUUCAAGCGAUUUACCACAUGCAACGAACAUUUCACAUUCCUCUCGACCCGAAGGUAUUUUGGGCUUUUGCACAACCGAAAAUAUACACUCCGAUGCGCCUCGCUGCACUGACGUUUUUAAUAGAUAUGGUAUAUCGUUUCAAGUCAUUUCCGUUUAUCAGUGAUGUUAUCAGCAGACUGAUAGAUGUGAGUAUCAAAGAUGAGGAACCAGCUGUACGAUACUAUGUUACAACUCAGUUAUCGCUGAAACCCCCGCUAUGUCUCAUUUUA